ACACACAGUCUUUGCUCUCAAGGAACCCACAGUCUAACGGUAGACAGACACAAAAUAGAAAACUGCCAUGUGGCAUUGCAGCGAUGGAGAUGUGCACAGGAUAUUCAGGAGCCCAGAAGAGGGGCACGUCAACCUGGCUUCUUUAAGGAAGGUGAUGCCUAAAAUGAGCCUUAAGGAAUGAGUAAAGUUAGCCAAGUUAAGAGGGGCGGGAGAGGAAGAACAUUCCAGGUGAGAGCAAAAACAUUAAGUCAUGGUGGUCAAAGAGCAGAGUUUGGAGAGAGGAGAGAAAUCACAUGAAGCUGGAGGAGUAGGCUUUUCGGGGGAUGAGUUGUGUUUGUGGUAUGUGGAGUCUGAGGCACCCCAGCGAAAGUUUAGCCGGAAGCUGGGUACAUGGGGCUGACAUUUAGGGAUGGUCUGGGAUGGCGGUAUGGAUUUGAGAGGUGGGAAGUGAUAAUUGAAAAUGUGAGCAUUGAUUAAAUCAUCCAGGGAGCAUGUGCAGAGUCAGGAGAGCUGACAUUUAAGACUGGAAUACAAAUAAAAAUCGACAUUUUAGGAAUAGACAGAGAAAAAUGAGCUCAAGAAGUAGGCAGAGUAAAUAGUCAGAGAAGUAGAAGCAAAUACAAGGGAGUCUGGCAUCAUGGAAGCCCAAGGAGUAGAAUUUUCAUCAGAGUGUGACUUGUGGAGACAGAUAGGCUUGCUCUUCUGGUAAGGUAAGGACUGAAAAGAUGAAGACGUUGGUGACAUUAGCAUGAAAGGCGUUUUAAAUCAGUAGUGAAGACGUAAAAAAAUGGUUUUAAGAGGAAUUAAGGAGAAAAUAUGUAGUCUACUCUUGAGAGAAAUCUGGAUUAGAAGAAGAGAAAGGUUGGGUUAUAGUUAGAGGGAUAUAGGAGGUCAAAGGAUGAUGACGAUGGUGAUGAAUUGCUUGGAGAUUGCAAGAGAAGAGACUUCAGUAUGUUUCUAGGCUGAAAAGGAAAAGCUAGGAGAAAGAUGGAAAACACAGGAGGGCUAUGAGAUGACAAAUGGAGGGUAUCUUCAGGGAAGAAACCUUUGCGCUGAGACUGGAGAGGUGGAGAGGGUAGUUACGGAUAGUUAUCUCACAGAUAGUUACACGUUUUUUAUGAUGUGGAGACAAGGCCCACAGAUAAUUUGGUCUUCCUGAGCCAAUACUCUGCCUGAAUCUCCUAUUUCAGAUUCCCUCUUCCUUUUGUCAGCAAGCAAUUCACUCUCUCUUGGACCUGCUAUCUUGGACCUGCAGAAACAUUGCAUUUACACUAUGGGAAGUGGCACCUCAACCCAACAUCAUUUUGCUUUCCAAAAUGCAGAGAAAGCCUUCAAGGCAGCGGCCCUGAUCCAGAGAUGGUACCGGCGCUAUAUGGCACGCCUGGAGAUGAGGCGGCGGUGCACCUGGAGCAUCUUCCAGUCCAUAGAGUAUGCUGGGCAGCAAGACCAGGUCAAGCUCCACGAUUUCUUCAGCUACCUUAUGGAUCACUUCACCCCCAGCAGUCACAAUGAGAGGGACUUCCUGAGCCGCAUGUUCACUGAGGAGAGACUCCCCCAGGACUCCGAGAUGGAGGGGUGCAGGGACUAUGACUGCAUAGAGGUACCGGACAGUUACAUGGGGCCACGCCUCUCAUUCCCGCUGCUUCCUGACCAUGCAACUGCCCUGCUGGAAGCCUUCAGACUGAAACAACAGCUCCACGCUCGCUAUGUCUUGAAUCUUUUGCAUGAAACCAGGAAAUAUCUGGUGCAACUGCCGAACAUCAACCGGGUCUCCACCUGUUACAGCGAGGAGAUCACCGUGUGUGGAGAUUUACACGGCCAGUUGGAUGACUUAAUAUUUAUAUUUUAUAAGAAUGGCCUCCCGUCACCAGAGCGGGCCUACGUGUUCAAUGGUGACUUUGUGGAUCGAGGCAAGGAUUCAUUAGAGAUCCUGAUGGUUCUUUUUGCCUUCAUGUUGGUUUACCCAAAAGAGUUCCAUCUUAACCGAGGCAACCAUGAGGACCAUAUGGUGAACUUACGUUAUGGCUUCACCAAGGAAGUGAUGCAUAAAUAUAAGACACAUGGCAAGAAAAUACUAAAAGUACUGCAAGAUGUUUUCUGUUGGCUUCCGCUGGCCACUUUGGUUGAUGAGAAAGUCCUGAUUCUUCACGGUGGAGUGUCAGACAAGACUGACCUGGAGCUUUUGUCCAAACUAGACAGGCACAAGAUUGUUUCCGCCAUGAGGUGCAAAACGAGAAAGGAGAAUGAGAAGCAGGCAGAGAAGGGAAAAGCCAACCAGACAGGCUCUGCAGGGAAACCUUCCCCAUGGUUUCUCCCCCAAAGCCACUCUCUCCCGUCUUCGCCCCUUCGCCUCGGCUCCCACAAGGCCCACAAAGACAGCCGCUCCUCCAGCGUCCCCUGCAGCAUCCCCCCGAACCCCCAGGAGCUCUCCCGGCAGGUGCGGCGCUCUGUGGACCUGGAGCUGGAGCGGUGCCGGCAGCAAGCAGGCUUCCCAGUGAUCAAGGAGAAGAAGGAGGAACCCCUGCUCUUCUCAUCAGAAGCAGACUCAGAAGCUGGGGAGCUGCUGCAGCCCACUCAGGAGGAGUGGCGGCAGGUUGUAGAUAUAUUGUGGAGUGAUCCCAUGGCCCAGGAGGGCUGCAAGGCCAACACUGUUCGAGGAGGAGGCUGUUAUUUUGGGCCUAACGUGACAGAACAGCUGCUACAGAAAUACAACCUGCAGUUCCUGAUCCGCUCACACGAGUGCAAACCCGAGGGCUAUGAAUUCUGCCACAGCCGCAAGGUGUUAACCAUCUUCUCUGCCUCCAACUAUUAUGAAGUUGGCAGUAACCGAGGGGCCUAUGUCAAACUGGGGCCGGCCCUGACCCCACACAUUGUGCAGUAUCAAGCUAACAAGGCAACCCACAUGCUAACCAUGAGACAAAGGAUUAGCAGAGUUGAGGAGUCAGCCCUGAGAGCUCUGCGGGGAAAGUUAUUUGCUCAUUCCUCAGAUCUUCUUGGUGAAUUUAAGAAGCAUGAUAAAGAUAAAACUGGUUUGAUCACCCUGAGUGACUGGGCAGCCGCUGUGGAGUCCGUGUUGCAUCUGGGACUACCAUGGCGGAUGCUAAGGCCACAGCUGGUGAACAGCUCAACAGAUAACAUGCUGGAGUACAAGUCCUGGCUGGAGGACUUAGCCAAAGAACAACUGAGCCAUGAGAACAUACAGUCAAGUUUGCUGGAAACACUGUAUCGAAACAGAUCCAACCUGGAGACCAUUUUUAGGAUCAUAGACAGCGAUCAUUCAGGGUUCAUUUCACUGGACGAGUUCAGACAGACUUGGAAACUGUUCAGCUCUCAUAUGAAGAUUGACAUCACGGAUGACUGUAUCUGUGACCUUGCUCGGAGCAUUGACUUCAACAAGGAUGGCCACAUUGACAUCAAUGAGUUCCUGGAGGCCUUCCGCCUUGUGGAGCAAUCCUGCUCAGAGGGCAAUGCCUCAGAGUGCCCACAAGCCACAAAUGCUAACAGUGGCUACAGCAGGCCAGAUGCACACUAACAACAGCCUGGUCUGCACCGCCCAAGGUGCCUCACAAGCAAUGCCAAGCUUGUCGCUGGAAUAUCUCCCUUAUUCUCCAUAGAUCUGUGGUUCUUUAUGCUGAGAGUUUGCCUACCAGUAUGCUUCAGAAUCACCUGUGUAUUUGCGGGUAUGGCGUGGGGUUAGUGUGUGUGUGUGUGUGUAUGUGUGUGCGUGUGUUUGUGUGUGUGUGUAUUUUUAAAUAUAUAGACAUCCCAGACCCAUCUCAGGAUUUUCACAAGGUAGGACCCAGGUAUAAGUAUUUUUUAAUUCUGAAUUCUACCCCAGUUAUGAAUCACUGAUAAUUAAACCCCCUUAUUGUUUUCAUUUUGUAUCUUUUAUUUUAUUGUUUUUAAAAUGUCAUAUUAGUAAAAGAAAAUUAUCAAAAAUUGUUUCUGUA